AUGCCAUUAGAGGAUCUAGAGUGUCGAUCGUUUUGCUCUCAAAGAAGUACAGCUUCUUCGAGCUGGUGUUUAGAUGAAUUGCUCGAGAUCUUGAACUGCAAAGAAGCUUUGGGGCAUAUCGUGAUGAUCGUUUUUUACGAUGUCGAUCUGUCCAAUGUACGAAAACAGAAAGGAGAUUUUGGGAGUGCUUUCAUGGAAACUUGCCAAGGGAAAGGUGAGGAAGUGAAGGAGGGAUGGAUCAAAGCUUUGACUGAUGUCGCAAACAUUGAAGGAGAAAUCAUUCUCUCAAGUGGGCUAACGAAGCAGAUAUGA